CCAGCGUCCACGGGCGAGAGAGAGAGAGAGCGAGUGAGUGAGUUCGCUGAGCCGUGCGUGUUGACAGCGCUAACGCACCGCAGCAGGUACAGUGGCACAGUACGAGACGCGGCCGGAUGAAUGAAGGCGGCCGACACGUCUGACCGCGACCUCCUCCACGGACGGACCGUGUAAGACUGCGCUCCCAGCGCCGCGUCGCUCGGUUUCUGCCUCCAGCCUUCGGCGGGACCCUCGCUCUCUGCGUGUGUGCGUGACGCGCCCCGGCGCACUCUGCGGCUCUGGAUAUAUAUGAUGAAGUUUAAGCCCAACCAGACCAGGACGUACGACGGCGAAGGGUUCAAACGGAGGGCGGCGUGUCUGUGCUUCAGAAAUGACACCGAGGACGAGGUGCUACUGGUGAGCAGCAGCCGACACCCGGACCAGUGGAUUGUGCCGGGGGGAGGAAUGGAGCCCGAGGAGGAGCCGUGUGGGGCCGCUGUGAGGGAGGUGUACGAGGAGGCGGGCGUGAAGGGAAAGCUCGGCAGGCUGCUCGGGGUUUUUGAGCACAAUCAAGACAGAAAACACAGGACAUACGUCUACACGCUCACGGUGACGGAGAUGCUGGAGGACUGGGAGGACUCGGUCAACAUCGGAAGGAAGAGGAAGUGGUUCAAGGUGGACGAGGCCAUCAGGGUCCUGCAGAGCCACAAACCUGUCCACGCCGAGUACCUGCGCCGGCUCAGCGGCACCUGUCACCCCGCCUGCAACGCCAGCAGCCGCGCGGCCCGCUCCACGCAGGGCCCGGACCGGGUCAGGAUCUCCAGCGGCGAGCAGUUCCUCUGAGACGGACUCUGUGCCUGACACCACUAACACAGACUCAACACGUGGACUGUAAAGACGUCUUGAAGUUGCCGGAGCUAGAAAAAAAAGUUGAAGUAGGGUUAAAGAUGAAGAGAAAACCUAAGAUUUGGUAUUUGUAUAAUUUUCUCCAACUGUUUUCUGCUCAUGUUUUAUUUCCCAUGCUAAAUAAUAUUGACAGUGCUCAGUGCCUGGGUGGUUUCAUGGAUUUCAACAGGUGUUGGCUGUUUCCACUGUGACUAGUGCCAAACAACGCCAAUCUGAAAGACAGUAGAAGAAGAGUAGCUGCAUGUAGACGGAUGUUUUUCAUUAGAAUUCCUUUCUCUGACAUUAACAGAAAUAAGAUGAAGAAAAAAUCAAGUCUUCUGAGAUAUUUUUGCUUUGCUUCAGGACAGAAUUGUCUGUCUGCACUGAAAAGUGCCAAGUCGACUUUACACUAAUGCAUGACUGACAUGUAACAAACAGUAACAAGUCUACAAGCAAAGCAACGGUAGCGGAAACCGUUCUGCCUCAAGCACAUUUUAUUUUGCACAGUAUUUAAUGUUGUCAGAUUGUUAGAGGCUGUUAAAGAUAUGUCAGCUUUUGUGAUAUAACACUUACAAAUUACAUAUGUGCCAAAGACAGUGUUUAACAUUGGGCCAUACUAUAAAAUCUAACAGACCUGAAGAAUUUAGUAUUAUUAAACACUUAUGAGAAAUGUGAACUCCUGCUUGUGUCUGAGAUGACGAGAAGCUUCAAGUGCCUUCAAAAACACAACCACAAAGUAUUUAUACAUCUGCCUUAUACACUGUGACCUCCAGCUACUUUCCAGCUUGGAUGAGAUUACAAAAAACAUGGGAGUUUUGUUACAGUUGAUACAGUACUGUACAGAUGUACAGUAUUUAGCAUCCAGUGACUAAACAUAAAAGAUUUAUGUUUCACAGAGAAAUGUCAUAAUAAACGGAAGAGCAUGACAGGAAGUCAUGGUCAGUUUGUAGGAAAGUUUUUUUUUAGCACCACAAAGAAAUGCAAAAUAUGAAAUAACAAUAGUGUAUUAUUUCAAUAGCUUUUCUUUUUAGGCGCAUAGAUUUUUUGUUUAUUAAUCUGUUUUAUAUUUGUGCAUGUGUGACUGGAAUAAUAUGAUGUGCCAACAUGAUGUAUAUAAAAUCUUUCAAAUAAAUACUAAUGUUUAUGCAUA